CUCUUGUCUUCUUCCUCACCCUUCCUCCCGCCUCCCCUACAAAUUGCCUCGCCUGUCCGUCCAUCCCUGUCGCCAGCCCACUCCUUGCACAGUUGCACUUGCCACCGUAUCGACCAACAACUGGUACGUACGAGCGACCUUGGCUAGCAACAACCGGGAGAGGAGAGGAGAGGAGGGAUGGUUCGCUCUUCCGCUGCCACGGAGGUGGGCCAGGUGCCGGACGGGAGGCCGCUGCCGGCUCCCGUGGCCACCGGCGGCGGCGGCGGCGGUACCGGCACGGGAGGCGGGCGGGAGCCGGAGGGCCUGCCGUGCCCGCGCUGCGAGUCCGCCAACACCAAGUUCUGCUACUACAACAACUACAACCUGUCCCAGCCGCGCUACUUCUGCCGGGCCUGCCGCCGCUACUGGACGCGCGGGGGAGCGCUCCGCAACGUCCCCGUCGGCGGCGGCACGCGCAAGGCCACGCCCGCCGGCCGCCGCAAGCGCGCCGGCCCGGCGCCCGCAACCGCGGCGCCGCCUGCGCCUCCGCCUCCGAGCGCGCUCCACGGCUCGCUGCUGCGCCCGUACGGUGGGCUGUCCUUCGCCGCGCCGGCCCUGGCGUCGCCGCUCGCCGCCGUGGACCCGGACCGCCGGCUGCUGGACCUCGGCGGCAGCUUCACGUCGCUGAUCGCGCCAGGGGCCGACGUCGGCGUCCACUUCUCCGCCGAGUUCCUCGUGGGCGGACUCGCGCCGGCGGCCCUGCCUCGCGCGACCGCCUCUGUCCCUGCUCUGCCGCCACCGCCACCGCAGCAGCAUCAGCAGCCGACGACGGUGUCCCAGGCGUUGCCGGAAGGCCUGUUCUGGAGCAUGGGGUGGCCGGACCUGUCCAUCUAAGAGCUCCAUGCCUCCGCCGGUGUCCCAGGCGCGCUCGGUGCAUCGUCCGUCACCGGUGCCCGGCUAAUGACUGCUGCGUGCGGGUGCAUCAUCGCUAAUCUAGCUUUUUCUCUUUCUCUCUUUUAGCUGUUUGAAUUAACAGUAGACUGUAGUGCUGCAUCCAGGUGAUCUUUUUGAGGGGGGCAAGUUGUUUAGUCAUCAUGAAACUUUUCCAGUCAGGAAGGAACUGUGAGAGAGUGAUCUGAUCUGCUGAGGAUGUCAUGAAAAACUCUGCAUGCUCGGUUGCCUUGCCUGCAUGAGGACCUGUGCUGCAGUGCGUGAGCAAUUGAGCUUGACCAACCGAUACCAUCAGCAGAUUGUUUUUUGGGGGGUC